UCGUCAAACGAUUGUACAAUGCAAAUACCUUGAAUUUUUAAAAGGCUGCCCGAAAUUUCAAAAAAAAAUUCUGAUAAUGAAUUCAAAAUUAUUAAAAUUAUUUAUUAUCGUUGCUUUUAUAAUCAUUUCAGUUAGAUCGGCAACGGAUAAUGUUGGCAUUAGCAGCAAUUCUCAUCAUCAAAACGAUAAUAAUGAUGAUGAAGUAGAUGAAUUGGCCAAUCGAUUGAUUGAUGGAGCUCUCGAAAGAAUACGUAAUCUUUCGGAUAUUGAACCAUAUCAUUUGCAUCGAAACUAUCGUCUGGAAAUACAUCAACAACUUGGUCUAAUUCCAGUCGAUAUUUGUUUAUCAUCAUGUUAUCUGAUCAUACGUAAUGGUAUACUAAAUGGUUUAUCGCGAAUGCAACGUACAUCAAAUGGUGCAAUUGUUAAUGAAGAAGGUACCAAUGAUUUGAUAGCUUAUUUUGUUGUUGGCAUUGAAAAUGCAAAUCUUGAAUCAAUUCUACAAUUUACCAUUGGUCACAUGGAAGUGUUUAGCCGUUUGACAAGUAGUCAUAUUGGUUUGAUACGGAUCAAAAUGAAAAUUGCAUCACGAAAAAAAGGUUUAGAGUUGUUGAGUUUACGCGUACGACGUAUACAAAAUGUACGGAUAAGAUUUUUGACAAAAAACGAAACAACGGUUAAUAAUGAUGGUGAUGAUGAUAAUGAACGAUGGUUAAUCGAUACACUGACCGAUGCUAUAAUCACCUAUUUCAAUGAUCAUGUUCGUCGUGUACUAUCACGUGCAUUAUUUGAAAUUCUAAGUGAAGAAUUUAAAUUUAUGCAAGAUUCAAAUGCGAUUGAUAAUGAAAAAACAAUAACAACUCAAAAUUCAAUCGAUCUAAAUGAUUGGGGUAUGAAUGAUGAUGAUGAAGUUGAUCCAGUUACCAAUAAUCUAAUCGAUCAGAUGCUUGAUGGUUUGAAAAAUAAUGGUCAACUUGAUGAAUAUCGUUUGCAUGAAGAUUAUGAAUUGGAUUUGGUUGAUGCAUUUUUAUUUACAUGGGAUCCAUGUUAUGGUAAAUGUAAAAUUCGUUUAACAAAUGCAACCGUUUGGGGAUUGACUAAUAUGACCCGUUAUGGUAAUGGUAUUAUGACCAAUGAUGGUAAUGAUUUGGUAUUACGAUUUCGUUUACAGGCAUAUAAUCUUAAAAUGAAAGGUGUCAUGUCAAUAAAAUUGAUCGGCUAUAGUGUAACCGAUGCACCAUUCAUUGAUAAAGUUGGCUAUCAAAUACAAUAUAUGGAUCUAUCUAUUGGUCCAAAAAAUAAGAUUAGUCUAAAAGAAUUACGUGUCGAAGAAAUUCGAGAUGUUGAAUUGGAAUUUACAAGAUUUCAAGAUUCAAAAAUAUUGAAAAAAUUUAGUGAUAUGAUUGCAAAGAAAUUAGUUGCCAUGAUGGAAGAUCAGAUGGCCGAACUAUCGACAAAAAUAUUUUUUCCAAUUUUAGAAGGAGAAUUAAAAUAUUUGGAAAAAAGAAAAAGAACCGAACAAGACAUUUGA